CAGACGCGAGGGCAGAACCGUGGUUAUUUGCCGACAAGGUCACCUUCGAUAACAACACGUUGCUCGCGCAGAGGUAAAAACUAACGUCAUCUCAACCGGCGAAAAACUUCCGCCUAGCGUUUCCCCAGCCUGUGUUUUGGCUGGAGUGGUAGUGAAAAUUGUCAAUUCUCUGCAUCAGUAGGUUGCUGUUCACUUGAUCUAGACGUUCAGCCAAGCAUUCCCAUACUUAGAAACAUGGCUACGUCAAGCUUGCGGAAAGCUCGCCAGCUCUGGUCGGUGGUGCAGACCGUCACUUCACGUAGCACGUGCAUCUCGCGCUCAGGUGCGUUGUCACAGCUACAGAGGCUCGCUAACAUUCAGCAGACGACGGGGCAAGUGAGGACUGCGGCAAAGAGGGCGGGAAAAACUGCCAAUUUGGAACCUGAUGAACCUGCCAUGUAUUGUAACCAAUGCGAGCAGACAAAGAACAGAACCGCCUGUACCGCCAUCGGUGUGUGUGGAAAAGUCCCCAAGGUGGCGCACAUGCAGGAUCUACUCAUCCACGUGAUGAGGGGGGUUUCUAUAUAUGGGCACAGAGCCGCCCAGAUGGGCGUGGUCAUCGAUGAGAGGGUAUACGACUUCAUGUUUGGGACGUUGUUCAGCACCUUAACCAACGUGAACUUUGACCCCAUGCGGUUCCGCUCCUACAUCCUGGAGGCAGUGGGUGUGAGGGAGGAGCUAAAACAACAGUACUUGGAAGCCUGUCAAAAGAAGGGCGUGGCACCGGAAGAGUUCAGCAGCGGUCCCGCCGCCUGGUUCCCGCCAGAUGGCAGCACAGACGAAGAUACGCUUGACGAAGAAGGUAAGAAGUUCACGCUCACCAACGAUGUCCCUAUAUACGGAGCUGACAUUGCGGGUGUCCGACAGAUGAUCGUGUUUGGGUUAAAGGGGAUGUCUACGUACGCCAGACACGCCCACGUGCUGGGGCAAGACAUGAAGGAUAUCGGAGCGUUCGUUAUGGAGGUGUUUGAUUUCCUUGAGAACGGCCCAGUGGAGGAAAGAAACGAUCUGGCAGCCAUGCUCGGCUGGGCGUUGAAGGUCGGGGAGGCCAAUGUCAAGGUCAUGGAAAGGUUAGACAUAGGUCAUCGUGAACAGUUUGGGGCACCGUCGCCAGCACAGGUGUCAACAAAACCAAAACCCGGCAAGGCAAUUCUGGUGUCCGGCCACGACAUGCACGACUUGUUGAAGAUCUUGGAGGCGACAGAGGGUACCGGGAUCAACGUUUACACCCACGGGGAGAUGCUGCCAGCGCACUCCUACCCAUGGUUGAGAAAAUUUAAGCACCUUGCUGGACAUUUUGGAGGGGCGUGGCAACUUCAGCAGUUUGAAUUCCCAACAUUCCCUGGUCCCGUUGUCAUAACAACUAACUGUAUGAUUGAACCAAUGAAAUCGUACAAGAACCGCCUUUUUACUUUAAACGACUGUGGUUGGCCAGGUGUUGAGCACAUCGACAUAGCACGUGACAUGGAUCGCGUGAUAAAACUAGCCGAUGAGCUGAAAGGCUUUCCCGAGGCAGACGACAAGACAGAGGAGCAGUUUCUGAGUGUGGGAUUUGGCAGAGAUGUCCUGUUAGACAACGCAGACAAGGUUAUUGAAGCAGUAAAAUCGGGCGAAUUGAAACGCAUCUUCGUGGUUGGUGGUUGUGACGGCGCCGAACACAAGCGGAACUACUUCGCCACCCUGGUGGACAGCUUACCCCCAGAGACCGUGGUCCUCACCAUGGGAUGUGCCAAAUUCCGCUUUAACCGCAAGGAGCUGGGGACGCUGGGGACAACAGGUCUGCCCCGUCUGCUGGACAUGGGUCAGUGUAACGAUAGCUACGGAGCCGUGGUGGUCGCAAACGCUCUGGCAGGGGCCUUCGAGACCGACAUCAACUCUCUCCCUCUCUCCAUCGCCCUGUCCUGGUUCGAGCAGAAGGCUGUCGCUGUUCUCUUGUCGCUUCUCCAUCUUGGCGUGAAGAAUAUCCGCCUGGGGCCUGUCCUCCCGGCCUUCAUCACACCCACUGUGCUGGAUAUCUUGGUGGAUAAGUACCAGAUAUCCGCCGUCGACGUGCGACAUCCCAAGGAAGAUUUGAAGCUGAUGAUGGGGUCUUCACAGUAGAAAUCCACGGCUUACCACAGUUUGGAUGAUCACCAUGGUGACCUGAGCCUCGAAAAGGACCGGGGUGUCAAGGCCAUGAAUCCCAUUGAAAAUGAUAAAUUUAUCUGUAAUUUGAGCCACACGAACCGCCGAUAGAUGAUUAAACAUUAACAAAUAUUCAUUAAUUUGAUUUAGCAUUAUGUCUGAUUCAUUAACAAGAAGUGACAUUAGUAGGAUGGAUGAUGGACGCUUUGAAUUAGAGGUUAAAGAGAUUCAGUUAGAGGUUUUUAGCUUCUAGUUCAGACGAACCAUUCGUGGAACAGUCCGUAUGCAGCAAAGAUUUUUUCUCUGGAAAAGUGGACUUUUUUUACUGUCAUUAUUGACCCAAUUACUUAGAAAUGGCAUAGAACCUUGAUUACAUUUUGAUUCAUAGUGACCUUUUUUUUGGGUCCAAUGGGUGGUUCUUCAGGCCUACCCAACUACCAGACACGGCCUGUUUUUUUCCUACCCCACAUCACUACCCGCGGUCUUAAGUUACUGGCGUUAGGAUCAAGGUCAAGACUUACCGGUGCUUUAUAAUUAUUGUCGAACAAAAUGUAAAUUCAGUAUUUCUCGAAUACCCGCCCAGGGUGCGUGGUGUUGAGUGCUUGUAACUGUCUAAUCGCGAAAGCUUAGUUUUAUAGUAAAUAAAUACCGACAUCAGGGUAAACAAUUUUGCACAAAAUUUUAAUAAACCAUU